GAACACACGGAACCCAUUGCAGAAACGCCGUGCCGCGUGCUCUUCCAUACCGGUUUACCGCGGGAUUCCUCAGUUCGUGUGUUUUAUACAUUUUUCGUCCGACUUCGGAGUGGCUCUCUCGUGGGUUGUUAUUGUGAAGGCGCGAGCUCACUCGUGGCUCCAGAUGAGAGGUGAGGACAGAAAUGUAACCUACAGUGAAAUACGGACCUGCAGUCUUUAAUACACGAUCCCGCUGUUUCCAUCACUAACCUCAUGGAGAGUGAACAAAGUUUUGCAAGCAUACAUGAGGAAUUUUACGCUGGAAGUCAAAAGUAACAAUAAACGCUAUCUUGAUGAUAAGCUAGUUUUUGGCAUUUAAGUACUGGCUAGACAUAAGGACACAAAAGCAUUGCAUUGGCUGCCAGUUAUCAGUGGGUUUAGAGCAGCGGCUAGCCAUUAGAUUUGUAAGUAGCGCAAAUCGCUAACCACUAGCAUUAGAUGGUUAGUGUGGCAUCUAUUAGAAUUUCUGUGGGUGUUUUGAGAGUUGAAGACACAAAUGGGACAAACCAGCCUUCACAGACAGCCUGAAUGGGAGAAGGAGUGAGCAUGGACAACCUUUCGGAGUUUGGAGGCCUUUGUCCGUCCAGCCGGAGGGAAUGGGACACGAGCAGCUGUGUGGAUGAUUUAAUGGACGAAGAUGAGAAGGACAGAGCAAAAAGGGCGUCCCGUAAUAAAUCAGAAAAGAAGAGGCGAGACCAGUUCAAUGUCCUCAUUAAAGAGCUGUGUACUAUGCUGCAGGGUCAGGGUCAUCCCCGCAAGAUGGACAAAUCCACUAUCCUGCAAAGGACCAUUGACUUCCUGCAGAAACAGAAAGAGAUCACGGCACAAACAGAAUCUUGUGAGGUCCGACAGGACUGGAAGCCUUCUUUCCUCAGCAAUGAGGAAUUCACCCAGUUAAUGCUGGAGGCGUUGGAUGGCUUCCUAAUAGCUCUUACCACAGAUGGGAACAUCGUAUAUGUAUCUGACAGUGUGUCCUCUCUCAUUGGCCAUCUGCCGUCAGAUAUGGUGGACCAGAACAUUUUGAACUUCCUGCCGGAGCGAGAGCACGGAGAGGUGUAUAAACUGCUGUCAUCACACAUGCUCUUGACGGAGCCUUCUGCUGUAGACCUCCUCAACACCAAUGAGACGCACAUCGAGUUCUGCUGUCAUUUAGCGAGGGGGAACAUUGACCCAAAAGAACCACCCACUUACGAAUAUGUCAAAUUCGUUGGAGAUUUCAAGUUUCAUAACAAUGUGCCUCUGUCCUCAUGUAACGAUUAUGAGCUGUCAUUCCCCCGCACACUGCAGUCCUCACUGGAGGAGCAGAUCUGUCUUGUAGCCACAGUGAGACUCGUGACCCCCCAAUUCCUGAAGGAUCUGUGUAACGUGGAGGAGGUUUGUGAUGAAUUCACAUCAAGACACAGUCUGGAAUGGAAAUUUCUCUUCUUAGAUCACAGGGCGUCUCCUAUCAUUGGAUACCUGCCAUUCGAGGUUUUGGGGACAUCAGGCUACGAUUACUACCAUGUGGAUGACCUGGAGCUGAUUGCUCAGUGUCAUAAACAAUUGAUGCAGUGUGGGAAAGGAAAAUCCUGUUACUAUCGGUUCCUGACUAAAGGGCAGCAAUGGAUCUGGCUGCAGACACAUUAUUACAUCACAUACCACCAGUGGAACUCCAAACCAGAGUUUAUCGUCUGUACACACAGUGUGGUCAGUUAUGCUGAAGUCCGAGCGGAGAGAAGGAGAGCGUUUGGAUUAGAGGAGAGCUCGUCUGAGAUGGCCACAUCCUCAAUCAAGGGGCAAGAGGUGUUUUUGGACAUGUGUCCUCCUUUAGUUGCUCCACGGGACAGAAUCAGCAGCACGCGAUCAGUGUCCUCACAAAGCUCUAGAAAAUCAUCACACACAGCAAUGUCUGACUCUGCAUCAAACUCAUCAGUGAGGUACACAGAAGCGUGCACGUCAUCAAGGCAAUCAGCUUCUAUUGGUCCAGAGAAGAGUUCCAGCAGAAUGUCACACAGCAGAUCAAAGACCCUGAUUCAGAGGCAGAGCUCCUCUGAGCCCACGCCAGUCUCCCCCUCCUGCAGUCUACAUUCCACCAUGACACAAGCUCUGUACGAAUUCCAGCAGCCUCAGUUAGGCGUCAUGCAUCAACUGAAGGAACAGCUGGAAGAGCGAACACGCAUUCUACAGGCAGACAUCAAAACGCAACAACAAGAGCUGCACGACAUUAAAGAGAAAUUGCAGCUUGCAAACCUACAGAUGUUGCUCCAGCAACCAAUACAGGGAGAGUUCACUGGUUCCAGUCCACAGCAGCAGGGUCCAGGCAGGCCGACCCAACACAGCACACACCCGAAACCCCAACACUGUGUCUCACAUUCAUCACACACACUGCUUAGAGAACAGCCAAGUAGCUCAUCUGCUCAGGGCCAGCAGAGACUGGUUCAGAGUGGACACAUGCAGGCCAUCAGUGUUCCAAUGCAGACACACACCAGUCUCACCACACCCUUCUACAGCAACCCAAUGAUGUUCUCUCCCAACCACGGACAUCGAAGCCAACAAGACACACACUGCCAAAGACACACAAACAACGACUACAGCCAGGACGGACAGCUACGGCUCUUGUUAAACCAGCCAAUGCAGACGCUUGUACCAGACAGCAGUGGGGGGGCUCAGUCUUCCCAGUUCAGCUCAACUAUUCAACAAACCAAAUAUCCUCUGGAGCAGCAGAUGAUGGCUCCCUCGUUCCCUGUGCAGCAGAUGAAUUGUAACGCUGUGCUUGUUCCCUCCCCAGUCUUCACCUCACCAAUCAUGAUCCCCCAUAACAGUUUCAUUACCCAUCAGGCCACAGCCACCUACACCACUCACCCCUCGGAUGCCCAACACAGCUUACCACUACAGCAGCCUCAGCAGUUCUUUCAGAUGCAGCCUCAGGGUCUCAUUCACAGCGGUCCCACUCAGGCUAUAUUCCACACACCUAAUAUUCAACAGCAAAGCACUGUGGGAUACUUACAGUCACAACAGCAGCAGCAACCACAACAACAACAACAGCAGCAGCACCAUCACUCCCAGUCUGGCAGCCUGUCGAACUAUAGAACCAUGCUCCCACGGUAGCCCCACUCCCAGGGAGAAGCCAAGAGGUUGCCGGGAAAGCACGUUGAGCGGUUAGCUCUGUGGCACGAUGGGAAGGGACUCUCUUUCCUCAGGGGAUGGCUCACUCCUGAGCCAAACCAAAUCGAGAAAGCCAAAGUUUCUCAAAGUUCCCAUGAUAGCACACAAUGGCGAGAACACCACGAGCCUCAAAGCUGCCCAGACUGCUUGCAGAAGAUGCUGGGGAGGUGUGGGAGAAGCCCACAGCGGUGUGACCCAUUUGAUACACAUGGAGGCAGAGGUCACAGAGAAACCCUGAACAGUCGAGCAGAUGUUCCGAUUCAAAAAUAAAAGACAGGGUGCUUCAGAUGAUUCUUAAUAUUUGAUUGGAAAAUGCUGAAACUUGAGCUACACUUUCUUUUUUCUUUCUUUUCUUUUGGCACUGUAAUGUUACAGCUGGUUUGUGUUAUCUGGACCUUUCUUACACAAAUUCAACAAAGUCAACCUAUCAAGAAAUGCCUUGACAGAGUGUAAACUGGACGCAGAGUCCAGUGACAAAACCGUUGCGAGUGCUGAACACAUACAAAAAUUAGUAGUUCAACCAAUUAAGAAACAGCUCCACCUCACAACAUUUCAUACAUCAAGUGUGGUUCAUCUGCAGGGCACUCUCACCCACAGUGGUUGUUCAAGAGGGGAAGAGCUGGGCACAGUUCAGCUAAGACUCAAAUAUAUUUUGAAAACAGAAAGCUAUCAGAUUCAGUCCCCUCCCAGAUAGAUAUAACAUUAAUAUUAACGUAACAAAACUUGAAUCAUGUUGUAUCUGUUCAUCAAUAUUUUGUACUGACAAUUGUACUUAGAGGUUAUCUGAGUUACAGUAGACUUUGUCAGUCUGAACCAGUCUGGCCAAUCUC